AUGGCGCUGGUGCCCUGCCAGGUGCUGCGCGCCGCCAUCCUCCUGUCCUAUUGCUCCAUCCUGUGCAAUUACAAGGCCAUUGACAUGCCCGCGCAUCAGACCUAUGGAGGCAGCUGGAAAUUUCUGACCUUCAUAGACCUGGUUAUCCAGGCUGUGUUCUUCGGUAUCUGUGUCUUGACUGACCUGUCCAGUCUUCUCACUAAAGGAAAUGAUAGUCAAGAGCAAGAAAGACAGCUGAAAAAACUCAUUUCUCUCCGUGACUGGGUGAUGGCCGUUUUAGCUUUUCCUGUUGGAGUGUUUGUUGUGACGAUGUUUUGGAGCGUCUAUAUCUACGACAGGGAACUGGUUUACCCAAAGCUGCUUGAUAAUUUUAUACCAGCAUGGCUAAAUCAUGGAAUGCACACAACAGUUUUGCCCUUUGUAUUAAUCGAGAUGAGAACAACACAUCAUCAGUAUCCCAGCAGGAGCUGUGGACUGACUGCAGUGUGCACCUUCGCUGUUGGCUAUAUUUUAUGGGUGUGCUGGAUUCACCACGUUACAGGAGUGUGGGUGUACCCACUUCUUGAACACCUCAGCCCAGGUGCCAAAAUAAUCUUUUUUGCAGCUGCUACUGUAAUAAUGAAUAUGUACUACUUGGUGGGAGAGGUCCUGAACAGCUACAUCUGGGACACCCCAAAAUGUAUUGAAGAAGGAAAAGAAAAGCCAAAAUCAGACUGAACAAGAGGCAACAUGGAGGAUUGCUUGUGGCUUCAGGAAAGGUUCCUUAUCCCCAACAGUGCUGGCGUGAAGAGGAAUCUUUUGGAAAGGAGGAAGUUUAAGGGGCUCUCUGAUCAGUGCAAAGAUAUUUCUGGGUUUUAUAGGGAAGGAAAAUUAUUUUAGCUAACAAUAAUGUUUCAACCUCCAUUCCUAUUUCUCCAUGCUUGCAUGUGACAUACACGUAUAAAAUGUGUGAUUAUCUCCAUGGCAUUCUCAAUGUGCAUUUCUUGCAUCAAGUAAGACAUUAAAUCAUUAAAUCUUUUCACUUGCAUCGAGGACAAUGCGUCCAUUCUCCAUAUUGUUUGAGAAAAGCUUAACCAGAUAGGACUAAUAUGGGUGAGCAAAACAAUCUAUAUCCUUCUAAGUACAGUGUAAAAAUACAGUAGAAGUAAAUUGCAUGAAUGUAUCUAAGGAAGAAUUCAAUCAGACUGAAAUACUGAUGUAACACUAUAUAACAGCUGCCUUAAAUUGUCGAUGUUAAUAAUUUUAUCAGUCCAGUAAAAUCUUAUUUGCGGUGUUAAAAUAUCAGAAUAUGGUGGAACUUUUGUUAAAAAGGCCAAAAUAAAGAUC